UCUUGUACAGAUUCAGCGUUAGGAAUGGAGGAUCUUACUAUUAGUAACUCAAAUAUCACCGCUUCAUCUGGUUCCGGCUCGGCUAGAGAAGCAAGACUUUACAAUUCGGCUGCAUGGUGUUCUGAUGGUGGCGAUUCUGAGCCCUAUCUACAAAUCGAUCUUUUAUCAAAUCAUGUGCUAUGUGCAGUAGCAACUCAAGGUCACCCUGUACUAGACUAUCGAAUUACGAGUUAUAAAAUAAGUUUCUCAAAACAUGGGGAAGCUUUUAGUGCUUACAAGGAAUAUCAAAAGGAAGUGAUACUGUAUGGGAACUCUGACAAUAAUUAUGUGACUAAGAAUGUGUUGCGCGAGUACCCUGUUGCUAGAAGAGUACGGAUCUUACCUCUAUCGUCGCACGGCCAGGCUUGUCUGAGGAUUGAGCUAUAUGGGAUCAGCAUACAGGAAGCAUCAUCAGUAGCCAUUGGAGUCCAUGAUUCCUCCAUUAUCUCCGACCCGUGGCUAACAGCAAGCUCAUCAACUGCAUCACAUGCAAGACUCAAUGGUCCAAGUGUUGCCUGGAUACCAGAUGCCAGUGACGGCUCACCAUGGUUACAGGUUGACCUCGGUAGGCAGUACAUGAUCUGUGCAGUGGGAACCCAGGGUCACCCUAGUGGAGGCCAGUGGACAACUGCCUACAGACUCACGACUUCUCUGGAUAAUAAGAUUUGGGAAAAUAUUGAAAACUCAAAGGAGUUUGCUGGUAACAUUAAUGCUGAAACAGAAGCUAAGAGCUCUCUGGCUGCCCCAGUUACUGCAAGAUUUGCUCGCUUCUAUCCUACACAAUACCAAGGGAAAAGGUCCCUAAGAGUGGAAGUGUAUGGUAUUGAAAGAGGCUGCUCCAAGCCUCUGAUUGGUCGAGACGAAGACUCCGCUUUUGACAUGAUCAUGCUCUCGACGGAGUCUGACAUGCAGCACAGCAUUCUUGAGAGCCGUCUCUAUAGCAACGGGUCAUGGUGUACGUACACAAGCUCGACAGACGAGUACCUGCAGUUCAUGCUGGGCGAGACACUGAUGGGCGUAACAGGCAUUGCAACACAGGGUGACCCAUUUAGCGAUAGGAGGGUGACAGCAUUCAAGGUGCUGUACGGACUUGAUGGCGAUAAUUGGAAUGAGUAUGAAGGCAAUGCUGGCAUUAAGGAGCUACCAGGAAAUACUGACCGUAACACUGUGGUGGUUCACUGGUUCAAGCAGAUAAUCGCUGCUCGCUUUGUGAAGAUUAAACCUCUUUCAUGGAACAAUGCUAUCUGUAUGCGGGCGCAGAUUUACGGCUGUGAACUAGAUGUCCCCCUUCUAUCAGAAGUGGAGACCGCAAUCCUAGCAUCCUUUUCAGGAGCCCAUACGGAUCUCGCCUGUCACGCGCUCGGUCACCCAUCUAACGUGACCGCUGAUUGGCUAGUAGACGGUCAAUAUCUACCGAGUAACGCAAGUCAUAUCACCAUACCAUCCCAGGACCGAGCCACAUCGACCUUACGCGUGCGUUACACGGAUAUUGCCAGCGAUGUGUCACGCUACGCGUGCAAUAGCGUGACGGAGGGAAGCCCCGCUCUGCAAUGCACGAGUCCUCAGUACACUUGCGUUACGCAUUUCUCUGGAGGCGGUAACCCUGUGCUUGCGCACACCUCUGGCCAGAUUACUGUGGUAUACCCUAUACAGUACACGAACUACACGAGUCUGGACGGCAAUCGGUUCAUUUUCUGGUGGGCGUAUCAUGAGCCGACCGAGACGUUCUACUUUAAGCUGGAGGUGCUGGCUCUUGGAUGGGUGGGGUUCGGCUUCACAAUGCCUGACGCAAGCUACGAGUGGGUGCGAAAUCGCAUGGACAAGUAUGACGUGUUGGUCGCGGGCGUGUAUAGUGUAAAUGCGACAGGUUAUGUUAUGGACUACCUUACCUGCGGUCGAAACCAGCGCCAGUACCCCUCUUGUGUGGACGACGAGCAGGACUGGAAUCUAACUACUGCAGCCGAAGCUGACGGCAGGACCAUCCUGGAGUUCACUAGAAAAAGAAAGACUCGGGAGAAGCUUGUCAAUGGCGACCCUAGCAAGGGGGAUCUCGAACUUACGGGCGGACUGCGCUAUUUCGUUUGGGCGUACCACCAGACCCUAGACACGCCUUACCUUGCAAGUCUAUUCGAUAUCCACGACAGAAGCGGGAUCCAGGCUGUCAACCUGUUGCCACAGGGUCCCCAAGCUACUGGGCAAGCACCCACAACGACGACAGAACCACCAGUUCUCGUGUGCGCAAGUUGUAGGAAAAAUUCGGACUUUGCUUUUAUUUUGAUGACAUUGAUUUUUAUUUCAAUGGACCUUUGAGAGGAACAAAUUUCAUCGACGUCAACCUCAUACCACAUACAGAGUCCCCAAGAUCCGCAAGUGCUCGUGUGCGCAAGUUGCAGGGCGAUUUUGGCCUUUGCCUUUGACUUUGAUCUCUAAUCGUAUGGUCAACUGAGUUAACAUGUUGCUACAGGGUCCCGAAGCUACUGGGCAAGCACCUACAAUGACGACGUAACCAGCAGGUCUCGUGCAUACAAGUUGCAGGAGGCUCUCAUUUUGUGGACAUCAAUUUUAACUGGAAUGAAUCGUCGAAAGACGAAUAUUACUAUAAGUUUUAUUUUCUUUUUGCUAAUAGAAUAUACAGAGGACCACGUCCUCCCUAUCCACAUGUUUAAAAGAUGCCUAUAUUUUCAGCUUAUUUUUAGUAAAUUCUUAUUCAAAAUAAAGGUGUAAUCGAUACAAUAUAAUACCAUUUCAAGCAGA